UCGUGUUGUUGAGCCGUCGUCCCACAGUAACGAUGGUGGGGAUGAGUUUUCUCAGGUCUGCUGCUGCGUUUGCAGCCAGACUGAGUCCUCUGAAAUCUGGAAAUAAUGCGGCAAAUUUACUGACCCGAUCAAUCCCACAGACAAACAAAGUGUCCGUUCGUUUGGGUCAUGGAAAGAAAUUGUUCUUCAUCAAAGCCUCUGACUUCUAUGACAGGAGAUUUUUGCGCUUAUUGCACUUUUAUAUCCUGCUGACCGGCAUUCCUGUGGCUAUCCUGAUCACAUCUGUGAAUGUUUUCAUUGGUGAGGCAGAGCUGGCAGAAAUUCCUGAGGACUAUGAACCUGAGCACUGGGAGUACUACAAGCACCCCAUCACCAGGUGGAUUGCACGGAACAUCUUUGACUCCCCAGUGAAGGACUAUGAAAAGAUGAUGGCUGCAAUCCAAAUUGAGAAAGAAAAGGGAGAUGAGAGACUGAUUCAGUUGGAGGUGCGUCGACAGAUGAGGCAGAAGGGUGACGGCCCCUGGUUCCAUUUGAACACCCCCGACAAGGAACUAAUUGACUACAGCCCCAAGUCAACACCUGACAAUUAAUCCAGCCGUGUCUGCCAUCAGUACAUCAUGCUGAUCAAUCUAACUGUUUGUAAAUUUUUUUCCCCUUCUUGCCUAAAUAAAGUAUCUAUGUGGUCUACAUUUUUA